GCCUUAUAUGCUGGGACGUGGAUGCAAAGUACUGAGAUUGGAAGACCAAGCUGGGAAACGGCUGACAAUAGCCAUAUGUCCUGUAUUAGAGUAGUUGGAGGACUGCCUCACCAGCGUAAGAGGCUUGGACUGACCGGCGGGGUCGUCAAAAACGAGCCCAUCGACAAGACCGUUGAGGGGAUCGCACUUGGCCAUUUGUACGUUCAAACUCGCAGGAUCGCGGGAACUGGCCACGCUGCUGUACUACGGUAACAUGGGUCCCCAAAGUGUAGACCAAAGCUCUGAGGUAGGCGCGCUGGCGAAAGUGCCUUUCUAGUCAUCGAGGUAGACCCUUCCUGCCACCUAUUGAACAGCCACUCCAGUAGGCGUAAUCAUGCUGUUUGCUGUAGAGGUCCUUUUUCAGGGGAUUGAAAAGGACGGCUUAGUCGUAGAACGAUACCGCGCUAAAGUUCUGAAGGUUAUAGAGGUCGACAUUGCCCUCUGAAAUCAUGGCCCAGUCCUCGGGCUCUAGAGUUAUGGCUCCUGGCUUUGUCCUAAGGCCGGCUUCAGUGCUGGACAUGAAAUUACAGGUAUCCAGUGUUGACUUGGCACAAGUUCGUAUUAUUAACGUGAAGUCGAAUCGGCCAUUCGUGGGUUCGCAAUCUCGUUUUCGAGCUAUCUACGACAUGGCCCCAACUUCAAGCUCGAACCAGAUGGCUUCUUACGCUGAGUCUGGUGAACCCUCACCUACACUGCUGCCUCAAUCUUUCAAUGGUUCUGACCUCGUGACUGAUAAGAGGAAGUUGAUUCUCAUAUACAUCCAUGGGUUUUGCGGGACUGAAGAGUCAUUCGGCCAGUUCCCUUCUCACGUCCAUAGCUUUCUCAAACAAGCCCUCGGAGAUACCUACGUCGUCUAUUCAAAGAUCUACCCACAGUACGAAACACGUAAUUCCAUGGAUAUCGCGGUAAAAAAUUUCAGCCGCUGGCUUCAGCCACACGAGAACUCCCAAACAUAUGUCAUUCUGGUAGGACACUCCCUGGGUGGCUUUUUGGCUGCUCGAGCUGCUCAGCUAAAAGAAUCUCUCAGUUUGGAUCACCAGCAACGCCAUUCUAUAAUCGGCACAAUAUCGUUGGACUGUCCCUUCUUAGGCCUGAACCCCGGCAUUAUCGUUCCUGGCAUCAUCUCUCUGUUCCGCCGUAAACAUACAGAAAUCGAAACAAAGGCUCAAUUCCUUGAGUCGGACUGCUCAUCGUCUCGACUUCUACCAACGAUUCCAUCCGCAUCUUUAGUAGAUGCGGGCUUCAAUCCCCCCUUCUUCAACGACAAUCAAGUAUGGCCGAAUAGACUACCAUCUGAGCCCGAUCUUAUGCAGUCAGUUUGGAACAGCGGCCUCCAGUGUUGGUUACAGGAAACUAUUGCCUCCUUUGCUUCCCACUGGGCAUAUGGACGAUGUCUAAGGCGACCCUGGACACUGAGGCUUAGGUAUCACGAGCUACGAGCUCUUGAGGGUUACAAUGAGUCUUUCCCAGCAUACGAAAAGCAAAUUGCGCAAUCAGGAGAUCUUGGAAGGCGACAAAGAAUCCGGUUUCUGAAUUUCUUCACAUCCUGCACACCACGACAGUAUUGUUGGCGGUCAGAAAUCUCUUCAUGGGGUAAUGGGGCCACAGACAAAGGACGAUUCUUUGAGCAAGCUGGAAAAGACCACAGGCUAGGUGACCUCUUCCGAGAUUCUGAUAUUUGGAGCACUGAGGGGGAGAGCCUAGGGCACUACGAGCAAUCCGCCACUGAUCUUCUGUGUCUGCAAGAACGACAGACCAACGAGGUAUACAGACCUCUCGACCAUCGCUUGAGACUAUAUCAGCCUACCAAUCUUUUGCAUUGCUUCAGAGCGCUCUUGUCAAACCUAGUGGAGUUCUUUGGAUGUCUGUUAUCACUAUUACAAGGUGCUCCAGAAAGUCACACGUAUUCGGAAGAAGAACGACUGACUGACGAAGGUCAAGUGGACAGGCAAGUUGCGGUAAAACCGAAAGAGGGGCGCACAUUCUGCAUCCUUCCGCCGGAGGCUGAUCCUAUGUGGGUGCGCAUUUCCAUGGAGGGCACAGAUGAAGUUGGAGCACAUUGUAGCAUUUUCGCUGACAACGGAUCGCACUAUGAGAAGUUGGUGCUUCACAUGGGCAAGGAGAUCGUUCAAUAG